CGUUCCGUCCGUCUCCCCUUCCGCGGCAUGGAUGGGCGCUGACGGAGCCAUGAAGACGCUCAUCGCUGCCUACGCGGGGGCCCUGCGAGGGACUGGUUCCAGCAUCUUGUCGGCCCUUCAGGAUCUGUCUUGGCUAUCCAAGUCAAAAGUGGAGAAGCAACUGCAGAUCAUUUCAGUGCUGCAAUGGGUGGUCUCAUUCCUUAUGAUGGGUAUUAUAUGCACCAUUAUCCUCAUAUAUAUGCUUUGCACAGACUGUUGGAUUAUAGCAGUUCUAUACUUAGUGUGGUAUGCCUUCGAUUGGAACACUCCUAGUAAGGCUGGAAGGAGAUCACAGUGGAUUAGGAACUGGGCCAUCUGGAGGUACUUCCGGGAUUAUUUUCCAAUCCGAAUGAUCAAAACCCACAACCUGGCCCCCAACCGGAAUUACAUUUUUGGCUACCACCCGCAUGGAAUCAUGUCCCUGGGUGCCUUCUGCAACUUUAGCACUGAGGCUACAGGAGUGAGCCAGAUCUUCCCCGGGAUACGUCCGUACGUCACUACCCUCACGGGAAACUUCAGGUGGCCCAUUCUCAGGGACUACUUGAUGACUGGAGGUCUCUGCCCCGUGAACCGCAACACCAUAGACUACCUCCUGUCCCAAAACGGCACCGGCAACGCGGUCGUCAUUGUGGUGGGGGGCGCUGCGGAGUCCUUGAAUUGUGCCCCGGGAAAAAACUGUGUGACUCUGAAGCACCGAAAGGGGUUUGUGAAGCUGGCAUUAAGACAUGGGGCCGACCUGGUCCCCAUUUAUUCAUUUGGGGAGAACGAAGUCUUCAAGCAGAUCAUUUUUGAAGAGGGAACCUGGUGCAGAUGGGUGCAGAAGAAAUUGCAGAAGUAUAUUGGCGUGGCUCCGUGCAUCUUCCACGGACGAGGGGUCUUCUCCUCCAACAGCUGGGGGUUGGUGCCUUACGCCAGGCCCAUCACGACCGUCGUCGGCGAGCCCAUCACCGUUCCCAAAACCGACAACCCGUGCCAGAAAGAGAUCGACUUCUAUCACAACCUGUACGUGCAGUCUCUGGCGAGGCUCUUCGAGAAGCACAAGACGAAAUUCGGCCUGUCGGAGACGGAGACCCUGGAGAUCAACUGACGGCACCCGCGCCACGACGCUGCCUUGGGGGGUCUUUCAAUUUGCUGGUGGGCUUGGAAAAACCGGCGCCGAAAGAGGCUCUUACUGCCACAGUCCUUCUUGUUUUGUCUUCUGCUGUAUGGAAUUGGGGGAAACCGAAGCAUGGAUGUGUAGAGAAGAUAAAGGAAUAUUGUCUAAAUAUUCAAAUAUUAGAUCUCUCUAGAGCCCGUGUAUGGUUCGGCUGCUGACAGAGCCGCCUUGCCCCCUUAAAGAGGUCGGGAAUCCCCUCAUCCCACCUCAAAUCUCCAAGGUCAGCCAUUUCCUUUUCCCCUUCCGCUGCUAUUCAGGGAUGCACAAACGAAGCCACCAUCUUUACAGGCCACCAUCUGUGCAAGAGACGAACGGAGCCUUUUCUCUGCACGACGCAGGAACUUGGUCUCCGACUUGUGACGUGCCGUAGCGGCUCCUCCUGAGAGGGGAAACGCAGGGAAAUGGAUAAGAAACGGGGAAGAAAGGCGAUGCAAAUUGGAGCUGCGCUACCCUCCCGAUAUCUGUAUUUCAGAGAGUCUCUGUUGUGACCCAGGCCCAAGUAGGUAGUAGGAAACUCAGUCCGUGAAAAAAACAAACAAACUUCAUUCGAACAGCUGAGAAUUACUUCAUUCCCAGCGCCGUUCAACUCAAAUUAAAGCAAAUUCCUCCCAAUACAAAUUCCUCAGUCCUCCCGCAAACCUUGGUCCAAUUAGGCAAACUGCCAAAGGCCUUUCUUGGCAAACGUUCAGAAGUCACAAAAAUAAAUGCAAGACGUAGACGAAGCAGAAGACGAAGCUACCAACAUUGUUUUCCGGCAAAGCUCAAACGCCAUUGCUAGUCUGUUUUAAGCCUUAUGGGAGGGGCCAAUCAUCUCUUGGCCUUACUCCCGAGUUGUCCUUUUUGCUUGAGCUGCUCUUGCCUUCUGGCAGCUCUUCUCAUGUGUGCAUUAGGAACAGGCUCCUCCUGUUCCUCUGCCUCACUACUGUCAGGCUCUGGAGGCUCUGGAGUCCGCACCUCACUCCCCGAUGGCCCUGGCCCCACCUCAGCCUCCGACUCCAUUGCCAGCUCUGGAAGCUGCUGACGGACCACAACAGUCUCUGGAGGCUCUGGAGUCCGUACCUCACUCCCCGAUGGCCCUGGCCCCACCUCAGCCUCAUCGCUGUCCGACUCUGUUGCCAGCUCUGUAGGCUGCUGACGGACCACAACAGUCUCUUCCGAUGGUAUGAUUUCUACGUUAAGUAUCCAAAUUAGGUUUAGGGUAGCCAUUUUGGAAAGAAACUCCUCCAAAUAUCACCCCUAAUCUCAGGAAAUCCGAAAUUAUAGCUGGUCCAUUUGUAUCGUUUGCAACUCUUGGGCUCCUCACCAGUAGUGGGUUCCUCUUACCGUUGCUUCCGAUUUGGAAGCGGGGGUGCGCGCAUGCACAGAACAUCCGUGAGGUGGGUGGGCGGAGCCUCCUGCUGUCGUCGCUACCGGUUCACCCGAACCGGGGGAAACCAGUUGAAACUCACCACUGCUCCUCCCAGAUCUCCAUAAACUACCCAUCAUUCCUUGCUUUUAAAAGAAGCGCUCUUCGCAACCCAGGUCUUAUCUGCCUUUAGAAUCGCGUGCUGUCUCAUGUGUCGAUCCUUCUCGUACAGGUCCUCGCCUUACGACCCAACGUGGAGCCCCAGAUUUCCGUGCCUGGGGCAAGACGGCGGCGAAGGGAGUUUUGCCCCGUUUUACGGCCAGAGGUGUGAAGUGAAAUCGCAGCCGUCGUUAAGUUAGUCACUUAAAGGCAGUCUGGCUUCCCCCUCCCCCAUGCUUGUCAGAAGGUCGCAAAAGGGGAUCACGUAAUCCCCGGGACACUGCGACCGUCAUAAAUAUGAGCCAGUUGCCAAGUGUCCGAAUUUCCCGACACAACAAUCUUAUUGGUGGAACAGCUUCUCUCCGGAAGUUGUGGGUUCUCCAUCACCAGAGGUUUCCAAAAAUAGAAUAGAAUAGAAUAGAAUUUAUUGGCCAAGUGUGAUUGGACACACAAGGAAUUUGUCUUGGUGCAUAUGCUCUCAGUGUACAUAAAAGAAAAAAUACCUUCAUCAAAGUAAAACAAGGCUGGACAACUAUUUGACCAGGAUGAUAUAAGGGGGUUGAACAGGAGGUUGGAUUAGAACAAUGGUGGGAUUCAGCCGGUUCGGGCAAACCGGUAGUUAAAUUGCUGGCUGGCCCCUCCCCUCCCCGCCCCUUCCAGGAGUCCCCAUGUGGCCCGUUUGCACUUCUAGGAGGCUGCAGGGAGGCCUUUCAGGUCUAAAACGGAGCGCAGGGGGGCGGUGUGUCCUCCCGCGGGCCGUUUUUUGCUUCCACACGGGUGCAGGAGGCCAA